UGUCUCUUUUCGUUGUGACGAUAAGGAUCCCUAAACGGGAUAUAUAUGGCCAGUUUGAUUAUGAUUUGAUUUUUAUUACAUGUCUCCCAGCCCUUUGAUGUGUAGUGUCGGUCUGACAUUUUUUAAAAAAUAAUCAUAAUUUCAUACCUCAAAUAAGUUUGUGUUUUUAUUUUUCAUAUACCUCUAUACAUGCAACUAAAACUAAAAUUGUCGCAUAAAUCGCGAUGACAAAAGAGCGAGCAAUUCUUUUGCAUAUGUUUUUUUUUCUGAAAAGGAAUUCUUUUGCAUAUGUUCUAAACCUGUUUAUGUGAUGCAACCUACGAGCUCAAUGAAUGAACAAUUCCUAAAGAAAUGGCAAAUGGGUCUUCAAAUAUUCCGUCCUUCGAUAGACAACACGAGCGUCUCCGAGAGGAAGAGGGCAAUAAAGCUCUCUGCAGACGUUGCAAUGGCGUCUCUAAGAAAAGGAACAACAUGUUGGAGCCGAGCCCUAAUCCAGAAAGCCGCCACCGAGGACAGUUUCCUCGUACGUCAAAUGCUCGCUGGCAUCAAAGAGGAAACGUUAAUCAACAGGAAGUUGCCUAAGAUUGUGUGUCAUAGAAAGAUCGUGAGAAGAAGCAAGAAGAUCUUGAUGAGGAGGAAAUCGAGAUCAGCGAUGGAAGAGGUCACAGCAAAAGCUAAGAAGCUCGUCAAGAGAAAGACUAAAGGAUUAAGAAACGUUGUCCCUGGUGGAGAGUUUAUGAGCAAUAACGUCUUGUUGAUACAAGAAACGUUAGAUUACAUUGUCUCACUUCAGACACAAGUGAAUGUGAUGAGGAGUAUUGUUGAUGCUGCUGAGGCUGGAGUUGAACGGUAAAAGACUUUUUUUUUGCACGAGAUUAUUUGUGAAAUCAGGAGAUCAUUGUUGGUCGAUAGGACCGUAUAUUAUAUGGACAUGGAAAAUGUGUUACGACAGUAAGUUGUAUUUGUACAUAAGAAAAAUUAUAUACGCUUAUAGGAAAGUUUCAUUUACAUUAUGGUGAUUUUAAUUAUAACAUUUUUUUUUUACA